AUGAAAAAAAUGAGUAACAUCUAUGAAUCAGCAGCCAAUACUCUGGGAAUCUUUAGCAGCCCCUGCCUGACCAAGGUAGAAUUGAGAGUGGCAUGCAAAGGCAUUUCUGACAGAGAUGCCCUCUCUAAACCAGAUCCCUGUGUCAUACUGAAAAUGCAGUCUCAUGGACAAUGGUUUGAGGUUGAUCGGACAGAAGUCAUAAGAACUUGCAUAAACCCUGUCUUCUCAAAGCUAUUCACAGUGGAUUUUUAUUUUGAAGAAGUUCAGAGGCUACGAUUUGAAGUCCAUGAUAUCAGCAGCAAUCACAAUGGGCUGAAAGAAGCAGAUUUCCUUGGUGGCAUGGAGUGUACUCUGGGGCAGAUUGUUUCUCAGAGAAAACUUUCAAAAUCUUUAUUGAAACAUGGCAACACAGCAGGCAAAUCUUCCAUAACGGUAAUCGCUGAAGAAUUAUCUGGCAAUGAUGACUAUGUUGAGCUUUCCUUUAGUGCAAGAAAAUUAGAUGACAAGGAUUUCUUCAGCAAAUCUGAUCCCUUUCUGGAAAUCUUCCGAAUGAACGAUGAUGCAACCCAACAGCUUGUUCACAGGACCGAGGUGGUGAUGAAUAACUUAAACCCAGCUUGGAAGGCAUUUAAGGUGUCUGUAAAUUCUCUUUGCAGCGGUGACCAAGAUCGCAGACUGAAGUGCAUAGUCUGGGACUGGGAUUCCAAUGGCAAGCAUGACUUCAUUGGAGAAUUCAGUUCAACUUUCAAGGAAAUGCGAGGAGCAAUGGAAGGAAGACAGGUUCAGUGGGAGUGUAUAAACCCCAAGUAUAAAGUAAAGAAGAAGAAUUACAAGAACUCUGGCAUCGUCAUUCUCAAUCUGUGCAAGAUUCACAAGAUGCAUUCAUUCUUAGAUUACAUAAUGGGUGGCUGCCAAAUACAGUUUACAGUAGCUAUAGAUUUUACAGCCUCAAAUGGUGAUCCUCGGAACAGCUGUUCUCUCCACUACAUCCAUCCAUAUCAACCAAAUGAAUACUUGAAGGCACUAGUUGCUGUUGGGGAAAUCUGCCAAGACUAUGACAGGUGA